UCUUAAACCUUUUUUUGUGUAAGCUAGUGUAGGUUAUUUGGAAAUAUUGCACUAGAAUUUAAAUUUAAAGUAAUCAAUUAUAUUUAUUCGUUUUGCAAACAAAAUUUUUAUGUAACUUUUAAAGAGAUUAAAACUUGACGAAGCCAAUUUCAAGCCAACAUCAAAAUGGCGAAUAAUCAGUUUGUCUUUGAUGUUGUUGUGUCGCACUUCGAGGUACCCGGCAUUGCCAUUAAAGAUCCCAAAAGAUUGGAGGUGGUUGCUCAAUUCAAUAAUAAAGCCAUCUCCAUAACUUCCAGUCGCAUUAAUGUUAGUGAAUUCAGAAGUACAGCGGGCCUUGAGUUCGCAGCUGUAGCGAAGAAGCUGCGAAAAACCCUCGAGGAAUGCGGCAUGCCCAUCACAGUCAAGUAUAAUGAUCGAGUUGUGGGCACGGGGCAAAUAAGCUUUCCCCAGAUGAUCAUUGAACGCAUCGACGAUGGCAUGUCCGAUGUGAUGCACGUGGAUUCCUGUAAUAUUGAGAAAGAUGGUGAAGUUUUGGGCACCAUGGAGAUACUCUGUCGCCUGAUCAUCAAAUGUGCAGAGCAACCAAUGGAGGAGAGCAUUUGCAAGCGCAAUAUGGACAAGAGCAUUGGCCAGCAUGAUAUUAUGUUUGUAAUGGCUGAAUCUCAGCAUUGUCCCAGUCCCUGUGAUCCUUGCCUGGAUGCACUAGAAGCAGAGGAAGGCGAUGAAAAUCUCAAACUAGAUUUGCAACGCUAUCGCAGUCUCACGCAUGGCCUCAAGUCCGACAAGGUGUUCACACACACUCCAGCUGGCAAUGCUGCCUGUUGUGAGAUCAAGAAAAUGGCUCAAGAGUGCGAGGACAUUGUGGAUUCCAUUACUAAGGCAGCUGGUCAUCCCAAACCGUUGAAGGCACCUUGUCGCAAACCUGAUGAUCUCAGCAGUCCCUGCUUGAUUACGGAUCAUAUUCCCAUUGAGGAAAAUCCUCUUACUUCACCCAACUAUCCCUGUUUUUCCUAUCUGCCUGCUCGCAUUGGCGACAGUCCGGAUUUCUGCAAUGCAAACUUAAUACCCGUUCCCAUUAGUGACUUGGAAAAGCCAAUAGUGAAACCAUCGCGCUUCUGUCCCAUUUGCUUGACCAACAUGUCCUGGCUGCCCAAAUUCGCCGCCUGUCCCAAGUGUGGUGUGAAACCCAUGCCUGUGGUUGAAGAUCGCCACAAGGAGAAAGCAUUGUCAGUGGAUCAAAUCCUCAACGAGUUUCUCGGUAAGCCCAAGGGCGCCGGCGAGGAUUACUGUGUUGAUCCCUGUAAUAAACAGGAAGAAGAGAAGGGAGCGGAGGAGGAAACCGAGUGUCGAUGCACCUGCAAGUUGGGAAAAGUCUGUGCACAUUGUCGCAUCCGUAAGCUCGUUGCCGACAUCUUUCAGGCCAGCAAAAAUGAGCCAGUGUGUCCGAAAGUGAAACCCAGAUCCUCCGAGGACUUUUGUGUUUUGGAGAACGAUUCGACCGAGUGUCGGCCGUUUUUGUCACGCGUCUUCUCUGAGCUGCGAGAUUUAUAUGACAUCAAAGAUGCAAAGCCACAAGAUGAGUCUGAAAAACCUGUCAGUCGAUUGCCUGAGGAAAAGAAGAAGCGACAGGAAAAAGCAAAAACAGCUCCAGACCAAGCAGCCCAUGAACACAAGAAACUAGUACCAAGAACACAUAAAGCCGUCGAGCGAAAGCGUAAGCCCUUCGAGACCGGACACAAAUUCUGUGUGAACUCGCCAGGACACGUAACCCAUCGACAAGGCUGGGCUUGGCACCUGGGAGCCGAGGCAAUCAAACAUGGUUGGAAACCAGGAUCUGUACGCAAAUCGGUGAAAAAGCUGAUGGAUUUCUUCUUGCAUCAUACUAAGGAUAAGACACCGCUUAAAAUGUGCGAGAAAGAGCAAGAGGCAGAGCGUGAAAGAGAACGACAGAUGCCUACGUUGAAUAUGUGCAAAAAAGAUGGCGAAAUCUUUGUUACACUCCGCGCCAUCAACGAUCAGAAUAUACAGAUGAAACCCAUUAUAUUCAAGAUCGUGAAAAGUCCACUGGCUGUAGCUAUGAGUAAGAUCAAAAAGACGCUCAAGGAGAAAGGAUAUCCCAAGUGCUGCUGCCACCAGCCAUUGAUGAUGUGCGUCUGCCGCCGCCAGGAUGAAAAGAAGCAGCUCGAACAGGCUGUGGCCAAGGAAUCCAAACGCCUGGGCGUCGAGAACUGCGUCGAUAAAUUGACCUUCACUGAUACCAGCGACAGCGAAAUGGAGUUCGACUUUGAUGUAUCACCGCCAGCGGCCUCAGCUUCGCCCCGAAAGUGUGGCGGAAAAGAUCUGCUGCGAACACGCAGCACACAGACAUUGGGUAAGAAGGAUCUUAAGGUAGUGCCGAAAUAUCCGCGACCAACAAAUCCUUAUACGCGCACCUAUGAUUGUGCUGCCGGAGAUCGAUACACGGGCACAGCUUUGGGAGCGCCGGGGGAGACGCCGUUUGAGGAUGGCGUCUUUGGAUUCCGAGGCGGCGGCCCACAUGGUGUUUCAGCUGCACCUGGAGGCAAGGCCAAGGUGCCCGGAAUUUGGGGUGCAAGUCCAGGUGGACCCAUGGUGGGUGGCGGACGUGUUGGCUCUGGUGGCGGCAGAGGAGGAGGAGCAGGUGGCCGAGGUGGUCAUGGAGGUGGUGCUGGAGGCGGUCCAGGAGGCGGUGGCUUUGCUGGUUUUGGUGGCAAGUCAUUCCCAGGCGCCAAAAAGGAACCAGGCAGCAAGGUGAAGAGUCCGCCUAUUCCAGUGCGCAUGACCGAUCGUCAUAACAAAAAAGUGGCUGCAGACAAAAAGGCUGAAAAGGAUAAAGUCAAGGCAGAAGUUGCAAAGAAGAAAAAGGGAACAAAUCUCAUCAAGUAUUUGGAGGAAAAGGGCACCGUUCCCACGCCCUGGGAUCCCAAUAAUCCGAAACCCAAAGAGCCACCAAAACCGGAACCAGAAAAAGGCCCAGAUGGUCUGACCGAUGGCGAGCGCAAACGUCGUCAACUUUGCAUGAAUGCGAUACCACCUCUCGACUCAAUGCCGCGACUGGGCAAAUGUCCUGGAAGUUGCUACAAUCCCUGCCACGGUGAAUGCUGCUAUCCGUGCACCUAUUUUUGCUAGUCAAGUAGAGAAUGCACGUUUUGAAAUAGUAUAUUUGUUUCUUUUAUGACACCAAUAAAUUGUGUAUAGUGUGA